AUGGAUCCCGAAUUAUUCUUGGCCCACCAGGAGAAACUUGUUCAAUAUGAGCGUGACUUCGAGGUUGUGGAAAUCCAGCGGGUCUUUGAGGCCUGCACACCUGCUCAAUUGGCCAAGAAAGGCCUCGCUGUCCUCGGGUUGACCGUCGCAGGCAUGAAGACCGGCGCCGGUGGUAAAAGUCUAGUGGACCUUGAACUUUCGAAUGCCACCUCGACCAGCCCCAUAUUACCACCCCACCGACUUCGAGUGGGAGAUAUUGUCGCAUUGGAGGAACAUGGAACAGGAAGCAAGGCUAAACCCAUGAAGGCGACAUGGAAACCAAAGCUGGACGGCGUUAUCUUUCGAGUCACUGAGACCACCAUUGUCGUGGCUAUCAAAUCGCGAAAGGAGGGCGAGAACGAGGAGGAGAUCCCCAAGGAGGUUCAGGAACGCUGUCGACUGAUCAAGCUGGCUAAUAACGUUACCUACGAGAGGAUGUUGUCGCAGAUGAAGUUCCUGAAGGGCUCGUUGGCACAAGUGACACAGAACAGUCUGCCAUUGUCAUUGACGAACGUACUGUUUGGACGACAGAACCCAACAUUUGACGAGACAUGGGCGAACCUAUCCAGCGUCAAAUUCCUUGACCCAACCCUCAACCCUUCGCAGCAGGAAGCAGUCAGAUUUUCCCUCGCCGCAGAGCAGGUUGCUUUGAUUCAUGGACCUCCAGGAACAGGAAAGACGUUUACAUUGGUGGAACUUAUUCGACAGCUGGUUCUGCAAAAGAAGCGUAUCCUUGUUUGCGGACCCUCUAACAUCAGUGUUGAUAACUUGGUGGAGCGAUUGGCCGUGUACAAGUUGAACAUUGUCAGGACAGGACACCCAGCUCGUUUGCUCCCUAGUGUUUUGGACCAUUCAUUAGAUGUGCUCUCUAGAACGAGUGACCAAGGAAGACUUGUGAACGACAUUCGCGUGGAGCUGGAUGAGACCUUCCAGAAGAUUCAAAAGUGCAAGUUCCGGUCAGAGCGCAAGCAGCUGUACCAGGAAGUGAAGCAACUUCGGAAGGAUUUCAGAGCGCGCGAGAAGCUUGUUGUCAAGGAGCUGAUCCAGAGCGCUAACGUCGUCCUGAGUACUCUCAAUGGAGCAGCUGCCAAGAACCUUUGGGGUGAGAAGUUUGAUGUUGUCAUUAUCGACGAGGCGACUCAGGCUCUUGAAGAAGGAAUCAGCACGACAGCAACAAUGGCAGCAGAGACGCUUGCUUUGACCAAAGAGCUCAAAGACCAAAGGAAAAAGGCGGCCAGGGCAGGUGCAUCGGCUACCUUUGAAGUCCCAGGACUGGAUCUGGAGAAGAUUGCCAGGGACAAGGACUAUUCCUCGUUUUUAUUGUCGACCACCAUGUUUGUGCGCCUCUUGGGAUGCUUUCCUAGGGACGGAGCUAAUCUCAUCAAGCGUACAUUGGUGACCCAAUAUCGUAUGCACGAGGCGGUUAUGAAUUUUCCCAGUGCCCAGUUGUAUCAGGGCUUGCUUGUUGCAGACGAGUCCUGUCGUCAGUGGCUGUUAAAGGAUCUUCCUUCAGUGGAGAAGCGGUGCAAGUCGAUAGAUGAGGAGAGCGACACGGACCACGCGUUGGUGUUUUUGGACACGAGCAUGGCAGGCAUGAUGGAAGAAACAGAGGACCAGGACGGCAACCCCAUCUCGUCGUCUCUGAGCGGAGGGCCCGACGACAGUAAGCUGAAUCGAGGAGAGGCCAGCACUGUUGUCGACUACGUCAAAGACUUGAUGAAGGCCGGCGUCGAUGCGGGGGACAUUGCCAUCAUCACGCCCUACAGCGCUCAGAACGCAUUGCUUCGGCAAUUGCUGAAGGAGGAUUAUCCAGAGAUUGAAAUUGGAACUGUAGAUGGGUUCCAAGGGCGUGAGAAACAGGCGGUUAUCUUGACGCUUGUGAGAUCGAACGAUGCUGGUGAAGUUGUGGCAAUGACCCGUUCCAAGCGCCAUCUGUGUGUUGUGGGGGACUCUGAGACGCUGAGCAAGAAGGACGCGUUCCUCAAGGCUUGGAUGAACUUUUUGGGAGAGCACGCCGAGGUGCGCUACCUUGAAUAA